AUGACCUCCCCUCGCCGAGAAGCCGGCGCUACAGUGCACGUUGUUCUUGUGCCCUAUGGAAGGAGCUCGUUCCAGUUUGAAGACCCGACGCAGAGACCGCCACGUGGGUACUCGAACAUCCUUGGGGGCCUACUUAGGUGGUAUUUCCCUGGGAUAGUCAACUUCCCUACUGGUGGCUGCGACGUAGCUUGGAGGUGGGCGCACUACAGCCUCGCGGAAGAUCCUCUUGGCCGCGGCACCGCGGCGGAUAUGGUUGUUGCCAAAUUCUGGAAAUACUUCAAGAGGGCCGAGGGCAAGGAGAAUGCGUGCGAUGAUGUCCUACACCAGCUUGCAAGGAAGAGGGUGACUGGCAUGCACUACGAGGCACGUAUUCAAUGCGUCCGCGACUGGCACGCCGACCGCUUCGUCCACAUGAGUAAGGAGGACGCUCGCGACACGCUCAUGCAGCCGUGGCGAUACUUGCAGGUGUAUUUGCAUUUAUUCAGGACAGGAGCGAAGCCUAACGUCUUUGCCGUGCUAAAGAAGAUGAAGCAAAGGAAGACGCCUGAUCCUGAGACGGGGUCCUUGUGGGUUAACCCGCAAUCCGAGACCCAGUGCACGGCGUAUGUCUCCAAGUUCAAGCAGAAGCACGGCGAGGACGCCAAUCCAGAGGCCGAGGACUUUGACCCUGAGGUCGCGGUGCUUGCGGGAGAAGGCUUGAAGCAUGGCCGCCUAUGGUUUGGUGACGGGUGCGUCGACCCAGCGAGGGUUCCCUCUCUCCGCCAGAUCCGUCGUGGUCGUAAGAGCGGCCAGCCUGAGGUAGAGCCCCGGCCACGGGCUUCGGAUCUAGCUGUCGAGCGGUUACGGGAGGAGAUGGCAGCGAAGGAGCAAGCGGCCCAGGAGCAAAGGGCGCAGAUGGAGCAGCAGAUUCUGCAGUACCAGCAGCAGCAGAACACGGAUGAUGCAGCGAGAUCUGGCUCAUGA